AUAUUGUUGAGCUAGUGAUGUAUCUUAAACAUUAAUACUGAGUUUAAAAUUGAAAAGUAAUGCAUUUAAGAAAAUAGCAGAAUUAGAGUGUUUUUUUAAGGGAAAAUAGUGAAAACGCCGGAAUUAAAGUUGUGACAUAUCGAUUUGUACGUGUUUUAACUUUCAUUUAUAACUUCAUCAUGGAGAAUUACGUCAGCAUGGUAAUUCUUUGUCUGAUAUAUGUUCAAACUCAAGUUUUUUUCUCUUUUCCUAGUAACAUUUGCACAAAUUCCAAAUGAGUGUCAGAGUUGCGGUUGCUGCGCUCACGUUAGCAACAAUAUAUGUAAUAUCAAUGGUUACUGUUAUUAUGGGUGCCAAAAUGGAUAUUGGGGAGAUAAAUGUGAUCAAAAAUGCAGGAAUACUAACUGUGUCACAUGUGCACGCAAUAAUGGCAAUAAUUGUGAGUGUAUGACAGGGUACUACGGAUACAAUUGUGAGUCUUCGUGUGGAACUAAUUGUUAUUCAUGUGACAAUAGCAAAGGAUGCCUUUCUUGCAAAGGUGAUUACUGGGGUAGUACAUGCAAAAACAAAUGCAGAAAAAAUUGCGAUGGUUGUUUGAAAGCAGAUGGUCAAUGCAGAUCUUGUGUGAAAGGAUACUGGGGCCGAUUAUGCUAUAAGGUAUGUGGUAGUCAGUGUAAAACGUGUAACCGUUGGAGUGGAUGUUCAGAAUGUAAUAAGGGGUUUUAUGGAUCGAAAUGCGAAAAUUACUGCGAAGACUAUUGUAACAGCUGUGAUGAACAGCGCGGAUGUACUGCAUGUUACAUGGGUUAUAAUGGACACACUUGCAAUUGUUUUGCAAAUUGUCUUCAAUGUGAUAAUCGAGCUGGAUGUACAAGAUGCAAACCUGGAUACUUUUCAAAUAACGGAGUGUGUCACCAAUGUGCUCAUAUAAAAUCUGGGUGCACUUGUACUAAUUUAUUUAACUGCAUUGGGUGCAUUGAUGGUUAUUUCAUGAAGUCAUACUUGUGUUCACCAUGUCCCUAUUACUGUACAUCAUGCACUAACUCUACACAGUGCACUUCCUGUACGGACGGUCGAUUUGGAAAUACAUGUCAGUAUCAAUGUAUAGGAACUUGCAUAUACGACAGUUGUGUUUCAACGCAAUCUUUUUGCCAGUGCAUUACAAAUUAUACUGGCUAUAAAUGUGACCAGUGUAUCGUUGGAUACUAUGGUAAUGACUGCGCUCAGAGGUGUUCCAUAGGCUGCUCAGGCCUGUGCCAUCAACUUAGCGGAUCGUGCAUAUGUAAAUAUGGGUGGGCGGGGAAUAAUUGUGAGGUAUGUGCCGAUAAAUACUUUGGAAACCUGUGCAGUGAACAAUGCAAUAGUAACUGUGUAGCUUGCACUGCGAAAUAUAACUGUACGCUUUGUAUACCUGGACGUUACGGUGAUUACUGUCACCACAGGUGUGGGAAAGGCUGCAUAAAUGGCAGUUGUGCAGUUGAAUCAGGAUAUUGCCUUUGCAUGAAUGAUAAUUUUCUUACGACAUCAGCAGCAAGAUAUUGUCAUGAUUGUGUACCCGGACAAUAUGGUCAAACGUGUGAGCAUUAUUGUCCACAGACGUGUUUCUCAUGCGAACACGAGUCUUUUUGUUCUUCGUGCUAUAGCGGCUAUUUUGGGAUAUCCUGUCAAAUACCAUGUCCUGGUGGGUGUGAGGGAAACAGUUGCAAUCAGAAAACCGGAUCAUGUUCAUCAUGCAAACAUGGGUAUUUCGGAGAACAUUGCAACAACACUUGUUCCGAAUCCUGUCGAUCAUGUGAUCAAUCCGGUAAAUGUUCCGAAUGCAAACCUGGAUAUUCAAACACACAAAGACAAUGCACAUGCAGAACAGAUAUUUGCGUCGAUUUGACAGAUUGCAAUUCAUGUACAAAUACGUCAUAUUUUGCAAAUGGUAAUUAUUGCUGCAUGUGCAACCUUGAUAAUUGUGUUUCUUGUGAAAAGACUCUUGAUACCAUUAAUUGCAAAACAUGCAAAAGUGAAUAUUUUCCUGACAAUAAUGGACAGUGUGAAAAAUGCAAUUCACAAUGCGUCGCAAAUGAAUGUGAUUCGUCUUCGGGAAGAUGUCUUAAAGGUUGCUCAUACGGAUACUGGAAUGAUAAUUGUGAUAAAGAGUGUCAUACAGAAUGCUUAGCUUGCAAUCAAGCAAAUGGAUCGUGUUUACAAUGCAAGAACAAUACAAAAUAUGGACCUGAUUGUAGACUGGAUUGUAGCACUAACUGUACAAAUUCCAUGUGUGGCAUUUCUGGGAAUUGUACAAACGGAUGCAUUUCAAAUAUGUAUGGAAAUCAAUGUGAAAACUCAUGUGAAGGAUAUUGUACACCUAAGGACAAUAAAACACUUUGUUCUGAAAAGACAGGAAUGUGUUUAUACGGCUGCGACACUGGCUUCAGGGGAAUAUUCUGUCCGAACGUAGCGGAAAACAAAACAUCGUCAACUGCAGCACUUGGUGGAGGAAUUGGUGUAGGUGUCGUAGUUGUUGCUGUCAUUGUGGUUGUUGGACUCAUUUUGCUGAGAAGAAGAAGAGUCAAUAUGAGCAACAGAAGCAAACCACCUGAAAAAGAACCUGAGAACCUUUCCGCGUUAUACGCAACGGUGAACAAACGAAGAGCAUCCAACGGAGAGAACGCCAAUGACGAUUCCGACAAUUCGCACUCUGUUACCUUCGUCGAAAACCCCAGUUACCAGAGUCUACCACCGAAGAGGUCUGUCAAAGAAAGGACUCCUAUCUUUUCAGAAGACAAUCUUGAAAUUGACGAAGAUGAUGCCUCUGCAAGGGAAAUUGCAGUCAAAUUUGAGGAAAAUGGUGGUGUUUAUUAUAACAACGCUAACGAAGUCGGCAAAUUCAAAAUACAUGUUGCAGAUCUACAAGAAUAUGUGCAAAAUCUAUCUUCGAAGCACACAGAAGAAGAAUUUCAGAAAAUUCCAUAUGGUCUUGUGAAAGCAUAUGAAGUUUCACAAACCAAACUCAACAUGCACAAAAAUAGGUACAGAGGAAUUUACCCGUAUGAUGAUACGCGAGUCUUAGUUCGUGGUGGAGUAACAGACUACAUUAAUGCAAGCUAUAUAGACGGAUUCAGAGAGCGGAAUGCAUAUAUUGCUACUUUGGGUCCAAUGGCUAAGCAGCUUGGCGAUUUUGGCCAAUUCUGGCGAAUGGUCUGGCAACAGAAAGUGGAGAAGAUUGUCAUGGUGACAAACUUGGUAGAGGGUAAGAAAACCAAAUGCGAGCAAUAUUGGCCCGACCAAUAUCAAAGUAAACUAUACGGUGAUAUAGAAGUAGUGUGCAAGAUUGAAAAAAAUUACGCAGAUUUCAUCUGGAGACAAUUCACGCUUUCUAAGAAUUCCGAAGAAAGAAAGUUGCAUCAUCUUCAGUUCACUAGCUGGCCAGACAAGGACAUCCCUGACGACGUCACAUCAGUUAUAGAGUUUAGACAGAGAGUAAAUGCCUUGCCGAGUACCUUUAACGGACCAGUAGUUGUGCAUUGCAGUGCUGGCGUAGGAAGAACGGGAACCUAUAUAGCUCUAGACAUUCUCACAAAAGAGGGUGAGACAGAAGGAGCUAUAGAUAUCCCGGGAUGUGUUCUCAACAUGAGACAGAACAGACCCAACAUGAUCCAGACCUUGAGUCAAUACCAGUAUCUUCACCAAGCCCUGGUCCAUACAUUGACUCUUGAUUGUUCGUUGAUAAGAAGAGAACACUUCAGUGAAUAUAUGGAGAAAUCAAGUAAACAGGAGAUACAGAUGCAGUUUCAGAAAAUGCAAUUGAGUCAUGAGAAAAAGUCGGAUAGGAAAUUACAGGCCAUUGCAAUGAAUCGGCUGCUGACAAAAAACAGGAAACACUCGGAUAUACCAGGUGAUUCCAACAGACCGCAUCUUAAUCCGUUUUUGAAAACAGGCGAAUCUGAUUACAUCAAUGCAAUAUACAUCAACAGUUUAAAAACAAAACAACGCUUCUUGGUUGCACAAACACCUCUGCCGGACACAGUUGCUGAUUUCAUUGCACUUGCUGUUCAAGAAAACUGUUCAUGUAUCGUUAGUAUGGAGGCACACUUGGAAAAGCAUAAGGGGAUUGGCUUAUACUUUCCUGGUGACAAUCAAACAAUGAAAAAGGGUAAGGUUUCCGUUCGAUCCAUCACAGAUCAAAGUGCAAGACACUUUGUGAAAAGAAAACUGCGUAUCGAACUAGAAGGAAAGACCAAGAAAGAUGUGACGAUUCCACACUAUGAAUAUUUGGACUGGGAUACAAAACACAAUGUUCCGAAGUCGCCAGAACUCUUUGUUGCCUUCAUCAAUGAGGUUGAAGACGUAUUCAAAGCAUCUCACCUGAAGGGACCGAUACUGUUGCACUGUCUAAACGGUGCUGGAAAGAGCGGCCUUUUUUGUGUUGUCUCGACAUUACUUGAACAAUUGAGUGAUGUUAAUGAAGUCAGUGUGGUCAAUGCGGUGCAGAAAAUCAGGGCUAGAAGACCACUCGCUAUUCCAAAUAAGAAACAGUUUUACUUCUGCUACGAGUGUGUUCUCCAUUCCGUGAACACAGAAGAUAACAUAAGUGGGAAUAUCCAGAAGGAAUAAACAAUUCGACAAUCUUGGAACAAUGGCACACAUAGGGUUACCCUUGACACGAAGACAUGAAUACAUUUAAUAGGCAUAUGAGGAAAUAUUACGUCAUGUUUUUCAUAAGGUAGAUACAUGAUGACAAGUAUUUCAACGUCCUUUUAUUGCAAUUCUGAACCACCUUUAUGCCAUAAUCAACGGAACACUAGUAUUUCACCUGCCAAUAUAAACAUAAACAUUGUAUUGUAAAUCUCCUUGUAAUUAGUUGCAUGUUGUUAUGCUUUUAUAAAAAUUUUUAUAGUGUUUACUGUUGUUGUUUCUUUGUUUUUUUUAUCAGUUGUAUAUAAGAACUUUUUUUGAUAUAUUAAAUGAUUGAAUUGUACAGAACUUUUAUUAUUAUGUUACUAUAGAUAUAGUUAUAUUCCAUUUUGUUUGCGUUGCCCUUAUACAUUUAGCUUUGAAUACACAUUAUAUUUGAAAUAUGAAUAACAAUGUCAUAUCGAUUUAUUUUUUAAUAAUUUCUGUAAUAAAUCGAGCUUAAAGUAUGAUUGUAGGUGUUGUAAGCGAUAAUAAGUAAAAGAUCAUUUAUUUUUAAUUUUCGUAAGUGUUUUCUUUGGAAACUGGAAAUGUGUUUAGUUUUAUGAGCAGAUUGACAAGUGUAAUAAAUAAAUAAAUAAAUUCACUGUUUUGUCAGGUUUGGUUCUUAGUUUUCUUUUCAUAUUUAUUUUUGGUUCCCAACUUAAACCUAAAUCAAUUAUUUUGAAAAAAAAAUCUGGUUUGGUUCCUUUUUUUUCUUCACCACCUUAUCUGUUCGUGAAUUUAAACGGGAACCAAUUCAUUGACUUUUCCGGAAUCAAAUGUCUACUUGUUGCUAAAGUUAACUUGACAAUGCAGAAUAUUGCCAUACUUUUUAUUGUGUUAUGGCUUAGUAUGUUGAUUUGCCCAUUCGGCGAUUUGGGACAACUAGGAUCUAUUUUCAAAAUAAUUUACGAAUUUUUUUAUAAGCUUGUCAAUUUCUUUUGUAUUUACAUAAUAAGGGUAUAUUCACUGAUAUGCUUGAUCAACUUCACAUCAUUGGAGCUAUUCCAUUUGUAUUUCAGUUCUUCCAAUAAACGUUCCCUUCCUGUG